AUGGAGACUUUCGACUCCCGUCUUGAGGUACUUUGCCAAGCAUUUUGGCACCGUAUGAACUAGCGAUCUAAACCAGCGAUCUCAACUAGGUGGCUUGUAGCUGGAGCACAAUGUUCUACUGUACAAUGAGCAGCAGAAACCAUGGUGGCAUCCUUGUGUGCCAUCUGGUGGAGCAGUGGACCCCAGCAUGAGACUGAACUUUCAGUCUCGACUUGGUAUACAGUCUGCCUGUGGGCAAUGGCCUGCAUGUGGGGUAGCCAAGUCCUACAACACCCUUUGCAAUGGCUCCAUCAGCAUUGCAGAGACUUCCACUAUUUUACCCCAUACUUACCCAUGGCACAUGCUAUCUCACUUACCACUUAUUCAUGUUUUAUCCUUCUUUAAUAUGGUGUCCUAUACCCCAGUUAUUUUUCAGCCUGUCUAGCUCAGCUAAAUGUCUAUAAUACCGGUACCAUAUCACUUAUGCAGCAUUGCUUGUUUUAUUAUUUGCUUGACCGGUGUAUCGUCACCAUAAGGCAUUCGGAACCUUGGACAAACCCCCACAUACCUAACCCCAAUAAAACACGGACACCAGGGUAUAUGGGUAAAAUUGGCCACAGCUUUAUUAGAUAUAUAAACAAUAAUAACUUAACAUAUAAACUUUUUGCCCCUCCCUUAUUUCCGUAUCCUUCCGUUAGGUAUAACAGGCAAUGACCCCCUUAAUAAAUAACAUAUAUCUAUAUAUAACAUUGAACCAACAUAACAUCACUUAAAGUGCCAACCAUUAUUAUAAUUUAACCAUGGUAGGGGUAUACCCGGAUACCCCUACCCCACCAGGUUCUGAGCCUCCUCCAGGACUCGAAACCUACCAACAUACCAAUAACUAUUAACAUAACCUUCCAACUCGGGAGUCUAUUUCCUCUCCUAGAGCUCCCUAUCCCGUUGCUGUGACAAAACGGGAAGCCUACUACCGCCAAAAACCCAGGAAGGGAGGGUGGAAAAAACUCAGCCAGGUAGGCAAGUUAAAAGUGAUUUUUCCUAAGAUGUCUGCAUACUUAUAUGACCCAGCUCCUUAACCCCUUAGGGACCAAACCUCUGGAAUAAAAGGGAAUCAUGACAUGUCACACAUGUCCUUAAGGGUUUAAAGGACCACUAUAGGCACCCAGACCACUUCAGCUUAAUGAAGUGGUCUGGGUGCCAGGUCCAGCUAGGUUUAACCCUUUUUACUGCUCUAUUACAUUGUCUGCCUACCUUUAAGUCAUCAGAAAUAAUCACCCCUAAAUCCCUUUCCUGGUGUAACAAUUGUCCUCACACAAAUAGCCAUAUUAAUCAAAGGAGUUCAGGUGUAUAGAAAAUCAAUUAAUUACAUCCGAACGGUUGUCAUUUUUUUUUUUUUGUCAAUUCACUGGCACAGAGAAUUUGAUUCUUGUUAUUAUCAAGUCAACAGAAAGUUUAAAAAUAAAAGAAAACCAACGGCAAGAGUUGCACAAAACCUUCUAAUUAUCAGAAGUCCCAUUGUCCUCUAUCUCGUUAUAUAAAGGGGUUAAGAAACUGUAGGGGUUACCUAAAAACAAAUCGCAUAGAAUUCAGACAUAUUGUUGGGUCUUCCGUUCCCACUAAUUAACCAAGUUAAUGUUAGUUUAUUAAAAUGUUAGCACGGUAACGGUUACACCCUGGGAAUCAAUGAAUUUAGCAAAAUGCUAAUUACUUUAUUUGUUUAAGGCAGCAAGUGCUGUAUGAAGAAUAACCAUCGCAAAACACCAGGAAUUCAGGAAAAAGGAUUAGGCAUAUACUUCUCAAGAUUAAUAUCACUGAACAAACGUGUUUUUGGGGGGGUUUAUACAUGCCUUUAGGCACAAAAGGAUCCACCUACUGUGUUAAUAUAGAGAUCACUUCCUAUUGAUAGGACAUGAGCUCAUUAAUCUGGUUGUACAAUCAGGUACAAUCAGGUAAGAGAUUGUUUAGCUGUAUAAACCUAUGUUUUGUACAAGAAUGUAGACUUGUGCACGUCAGGAAUAUUCAGCUCAACUGGAUGACUCCAUCAGAUAAAAAUUCACAGUAACAUUUAAGAAAGAUUUUGAAUUGUUUGAAAUGAAUGAGUAAUUCUGUAAUUAGUUAAGAGGGGUUCCUUGCUAGUCACAGUAAUGGCCCAGUGAUAUCAAAGAGGACAUUUAGACACUGAAGAAAAAUAUAACAAAAGUAGCAAUUUAAGACUCUAAAACGAUCUUGAGGCAUAUUUGCUAAGUACAAAAAGACUCUAUAAGACAUUGCACGCUUAACUGUAAAUAUUGUUUUAGAGAAAAUAAGAAUAUACUAAAUAUUUAGUUUCUGGAUUUCUUUUUUAGGAAUUUCUAGCUACGACAGAAAUCAUGGAGGUGGUGUCAAGAGAAAGUGCCUCAUAUGCAACUUACUUCGAUUCCAGAAAAUACCUGGAGGCCUUUUAUGGUGCACAUCUUCAAACCCAGGAAGUAGCUAAAGAAAUAAAAUUUGUCCUCUCUUUUCUAUCAAAAGCAUUCGCUUCAGGUAUUUUUUAUUUAUUUAUUUACAAAAUAUUUUACCAGGAAGGAUACAUUGAGAUUUCUCACUGUGAUUGGGGACUAGCAACAUACCUAGGUAUUUUAUUAUUAUUAUUAUUAUGAUAUUUAUAGAGCGCUGUCAAAUUCCACAGCGCUUUACAAUGGGUGGACGAACAGACAUGUAGUUGUAACCAAACAAGUAGGACACACAGGCACAGAGGGGUUGAGGGCCCUACUCAAUGAGCUUACAUGCUAGAGGGAGUGGGGUAAAAUGACACAAAAAGGUAAGGAUAGUAUUAGACUAGUGACAGUUGCAGAAGAGGAAUCAGUCAGGAGCUAUUAACAGUUUAAUUGAUAAGCUUUUAUGAGUGGGUUUUUAAGAUUUUUUGAAGGAGUGGAGACUGGGUGAGCAUCUAACGGAGGAGGGAAGCGAGUUCCACAGGAACGGUGCAGCCCUCGAGAAAUCUUGAAGGCGAGCAUCAGAGGUGGGAGUACGGACAGAAGAUAGACGUAAGUCUUCAGCAGAUCGUAAGGGCCUAGACGGGACAUACUUGUGUAUAAGGGAGGAUAGAUAGGUGGGAGCAGCAUUAUGUAGAGAUUUGAAAGCAAGAACCAGAAUUUUAAAUUGAGCUCUAUAUUUUAUAGGAAGCCAAUAUAGGGACUGACAGAAGGGUGAGGCAUGGGAGGUGCGGGCGGACAGGAAGAUGAGCCUCGCCGCCGCAUUCAUUAUGGACUGUAACGGCACAAGUUGGGAGCAUGUAAGACCACUGAGAAGCGGAUUACAGUAGUCAAAGAAUUAAAGAAUUGACUGUGGUCAGUGUACUAUUUGAUUUUGUAUUGAUGCAUAGUCGUGAUUUUUUUUUUAAUGUAAUUUAGUACAGUUCCAAAGAACAUUGUGACAAUUUUGUCAGUGUUUAGGAAAAACUUAUCUGCUACUUUUUAUCUACAAUCCACUUUUCUACCGCAGGUACGUUACUUGUAUUGAAUAAAUAACUUCAGCACAACACAGUCCACUCACAUCUUACUUCAUUCACACUUAACAAAACACUCGGACUCUUAUAUCUUGACCCUGCCUCAUUCCAAAACCAGUCAACAUGCACCUCCAGUAGAGGUUAAGUACUAUCAUACCCACAACAGGUGGUGCCCCGUCAAACUACUGGAUUCAUAUACCCAGCAUAACAACGCUUCACCAGAUCAACCACUUUUCAGUCUACAAGGUUCCGUACUCACUACCACCACCUUCAUGACCCACGUCAGGUCCUUACUUACCCAACUGGGCCUCAAAUCAGCUACCUAUUCGGGCCACUCCUUCCGCAUAGAAGCGGCCUCCACAGCAUCCAGUGCAAACAUCCCAGUUCAUGUUAUCAAGUCACUGGGGCGCUGUAAAUCAUCAGCUUACUCUAGAUACAUACCUAACCCGGUACAAGAAGUAAGAAAUGCUUUUCAAAACAUGUCUGGUUAAAUGUAUGUAUAUUGUUGGUAUGUAAUAAAUUUGAUUUUCUAUUUUUGCCCUCUUUAUUUACAGGCCUACCUCAUCGUCGGUUCCGGCACAACACAACCGACUUGCUCUUUAAUACCAUCCUACACUUAUCAGUGUUUUGUUUCUUCUGUACUAUCAUGAGCCCUUACCACAAAUAUUAAGGCCUUUUGGCCUGUAAUUGUGGGAGGGGCGUACGAUACACACGUUCCCUACUUAAGGGACACCCCUUACCUGGCUCCAUACCGUUCAAGGUCAGCGCUGCAUCACCCUCCCACCACUCCUCAUUAUUAACUCAUUUCUCUUUACAUUUCUUCUUGGUGGGCCCUCUUUAUUUACAGGCCUACCUCAUCGUCGGUUCCGGCACACCACAACCGACUUGCUCUUUUAAUACCAUCCUACAAUUAUCAGUGUUUUGUUUCUUUUGUACUAUCAUGAUCCCUUACCACAAAUUAAUAUUUAGGAUUACUAUUAUCUUCUAAAGAUACAUCACUACGGUUUAUUUUAACAUUGAAUGCUGGCAGCGCUAGAACCACAGUUUUCUUGAAGGGACACUAUCAGCACCCAAACCACUUCAUCUCAUUGAAGUGGUCUGGGUGCAAUGCCCCUGUCCCAUUAACCUUGCAUGGUUACUUUGCGCAGUUUCUGAGAAACUCCAAUACUUACAUUGCAGGGCUGAGACUGCCUCUUGUGACUAUCAAAAAAACUUUUGGUCACCUAACUAAUGCUGGAUCCAGCAUUCUGUAAAAUCCCAACAGGAAAGUAUUACAAUAAUGCUUUCCUACGGGGAGGGCCUAAAGCACUCGCAGAGCUCACCGCACAUGCACAUUAGCCCUACAUUUAGGUGACGUCAGAGGAGGUAGAACACUGACCCAGAACCGAGGGAGAUCGGCACUGGAUCGGUUAAGUACAGUAAGGGUUUUAAUACCCUUACUGUGUGGGGGUGGGAGGGAGCUUGGAAAGGGGGUGUGGGCCGAAUAAGCUAUAGUGCUUGGAAUACAACUUUGUAUUCCUUACACUAUAGAAUCCCUUUAAUGCAGAACUGUCAGUUACUUAGAAAUUAUACCACUGAUAAAAAAAACAUUGAAAAUCACAUAUUGUGUUAAACCUGCAGUUGUAGAUUGUUAAAAUAAUCUAAAUUUUGAUAAAGACAGGAGGAAAAUAUUUUGCUAUACUCUCUUGACCAUAUUUUCCAUUAGCAGUAAAAUAACAAGAAUAAUAAAAUGAUCCAAUCAUCAAACAGAAUAGAGGUAAUGAAGGGCAAGGCCUUUCUGACAACUUUCUUUGAUGAUGUAACUAUAAUAAGACAACACAAGUAACACUUCAAACUCAACAGGAACCUGAUAAUAAAUCCCUCUCACACUAGGAGAAACCAGAGAAAUACAUGAUAGUAAAAAAGGUAAAAACAUGACAAGCCAUAACACACACUAUAAACAAGAGCACAACUGUAUAAACACCAGCAGAAAAAAAACAGAUAAACAGGCGUAGAGUAUCUCUUUAAAAUAUUCCCAUGAAUUCACACAUGUUUCUUUGUCUUUCAAACAUACCCAGCUUUCAGACACUCCACACACUAAUUGUUCAUGUGCAGUAAUGCAUUUACACACAGUGACAUCCUUAAGAAUACACCCCUGCAUUCAUAUGUUCACUUCAAUAGCAUCUGAGGGAUUAUAAAUAGCAAGUCUGCCCUUAACCCACUACUAUUGCCCCUAACCACCCACUACUGCCCCAAACCCCACACUAAUGGCCCUAAUGGUCUAUUACUGCCACUAACCCUCACUAUUGCCCCUAACAUCCCACUACAGGUCCUAUCACGCUACUUUUGCCCAUAUCCACCCAUCACAGGUCCUAACCCCCAUUACUAACCGUAGCCUCCCACGACAGGUCCUGACCUCUUACUACUAUCCCCACCCCCCUACCACUAUCCUUGACCCCAUACUACUUCUCUUACCUCCUACUACUUCUCCUUAACUCUUACUACUGCCCUACCCCUUACUAGUGCCCCUGGCAUCCCACUGUAGGUCUUAACAUACCAAUUUAGUCCCUAACCCCUCACUUCAGCCCUUAACCCUCCACUACAGCUUCUAAACCCUUAUUGCCGCUUACUACACCCGCUAACUCCCCACUACAACCUCUAUCCCCCCACUGCCCCUAACAUGCACUUCUGCCACCUAACAUCCACUAUUGCCCCUUACCCUGACUGCUGCCUUUAAACCUUCACUACAGCACCUAAACUCCCCCACCACCAGCUAUAUUGGGCUGAGGGGGAGCUAACUUGAAUCUCUCUUCUCAUCUUGUACUAAAUGGAAAUUCCACUACUUCCUACAUAUCCCACACAUCACACAUUGCCACACAUAACACUCACAGCAGCCCAAACGUAUAACUUGCAGCUUCUCACACUGCGACACAUACCGCUCACAGCUACCCACACACAGACACUCACAGCUUUACACACAUUACACAGCCUUAUACAACACGCACAGAAAGAAACAAGAUACACUUCACACAUAGCUACAACAUUUUUAUCCACCCUACGCACCACACACCCACACCACACAUCCACUAAACAUUUUUAAAAAUAUUCACAUUACCUAACAAUAAAAAAAUAACAUAUGGGAAGAAUUUCCUGGUGCACACCCUAAUAAAAUGAGCUGUGCAUGCAGAUAUGCUGCACAUAUGGUGGCUUUACUGGAGUCUGGGCAAAUGAGCUGCCCAGGCAGACCCAGCAAGAGCGUUAAUACUGGCCAGAUGGUCAGACUGCUGUAGAAGCAGUCCCUCAGGGAUUGGGCAUAUGUCAUGACAUGGGCAGAUCAUAUGGGUAGGAUAUUGUGAUGUCACUACAUGGGGGGGUGGCAAAUAAUUUUUUGCCUAGGGCGGCAUAAAUCCUUGCACCUGCCCUGAUCGUGGUAUGAAGGACCUCAGCCCUGAAAAAGUUGAAAAUCCACAGCUUCAACAGGAUGGGAACUUCAAACUGUAUUCACAUGUUCUGAAAAUCCAUUCAUAUAAACUACUGCAUACACACAAGUGUAUUUUUUCAUCCUAAUAUUGCACACAAAUCCUAAUAUUGCAUUCACAAACCAGACAUUAUACACUAAUAUGCAUCUACAUUUAGACACCGAUUAUGAAGUGCAUUACUCAGAAAAACAUUCUUGCAUUAGCACAUUCAAGCGAUUUUUUUUUUUUAUUCAUGCAUACUAUCACUAGAUACUUGAAUGAGCCCCUGCACUUACUCUGAUAAUACAAGCACUCAAAUGUUCAUUCAUAAACAUGUCUUCACACUGUGCACACAACACAUACAGGCCUCCUCCUCCCCCCCCCUUAAAGUUAGGGACUUGGUAUAUUGCCACCCACCAUGCAGUAUGAGAUUUGCCUAUUUACGAAUAGAUGUUUAAUAGAUGUUUGUGUUUAAUUUUUCAAAUGUUCAGUAUAUUUAUCAUUAAAAGAUGAUCUUUUUUUCUUAACAGGUUGUAUACAAGGGGAUAAUUUGAUAGAAAUUGCUGCAGGACCUACAAUAUGGCAUAUCCUCUCAGCCUGUGAAAAUUUCAAAAACAUCUACCUGACGGAUUAUUCCCAAAAUAACUUAAAUGAAAUUGAACUGUGGCUGAAUGAGGACAAAAAUGCCUUUGAUUGGUCUUCAUACAUAAAACAAGCAUGUGAACUGGAAGGUGGGAGGUAUGUAUUCCGUAUAUCUAACACUGUUCAAAAUAUCAUGCUGGUCUCUAAAUAAUGCUACAAUACACAAUACAACAAUAAAUAUUAGUGUGAGCUUAGAAUUAUGCAGUCAAAUGUGUUAUGUUAAUAAUUCGACCACCAUCCCCUACAUUUUAAGUAAUUUGCGGCAAAUUAAUGUCCAAUAUUUAAAGCCAAUAUGUAUAUCCUCUUCAUUUUGCUAAUUUUAUCACUGCUGUAAUUUAUUGAGUUGAUGAAAGGGUGAUGCGGCGAAAUUCAGCAACAAGAGAGAAUUAUUUGUACAUUUCCAAUUUUUAAAACCAAUUCUGGAGGUAAUUUUACGAGUUAAUCAAGAGCAAGUCUGAACUUUCUAUCACUUGAUUUUAGGUCCACACCUGAGGAGAAAGCAGAGAAGAUUAGGGAAAAGGCCUCCUUUUUGAAAUGUGAUGUCACCCAAGCCAACCCUCUCCAUCCACUUUCAUUGCCUCAAGCGGACUGUGUGAUCAUUGCAUCAUGCCUCAUUUGUGUUGCUUCAACAUUGGAAGAGUUUACAGCGUAUCUGAAGAAUACUGUGUCUUUGUUAAAACCUGGAGGAUAUCUUGUAAUGACUGAAUAUCUCAGAGCCUCCAAGUAUAUUGUGGGAGAUAAAAUAUUUUCUGUUCUUUCAGUGGAGGAAAACGUUAUCAAGAAAGCAAUGGCUGAUUGCGGAUGUGUUGUUGAGGAGUCUCAGAUAUUCACAAUCUGCAAAUCCUAUGGAGAGGUUUUCGAUAGUGAAGAUGUAUUUUGUGUAAAAGCUAAAAAAAUGUGA